AUGCAUCAAACUGCUCCUGUACCUCUUCCUUCUCCUCCCACUGGAAAAUUGGGCAGGAAGAAAUCACAGAAUGAAAAAUCGUGGUAUGUGAUCCUCGGAAGUCAUGAACACAGGCCGAUGAUCACCCAGAACGAGCCCUUCUUGUCGUCUGGAGGAAAAUUCAAGGCUAAGCUUCCAAUUGUCUUCAAGUGCCCAACGAAGGAGCAAGCUGAUGAUGUGUUUCGUUAUCAGCCUUUCCUGCAAAGUGUUGCUCACCUGAACAAUGAAGAACUUACUCGCACCAUCUGUCUAUCGACCAGUGGCUCUGACAUUCUCCUGAAUAUCAGGCCCUUAUAUCCUGUAUUUUAUGGAACGAAAGCUGCUGUCUAUCUCACCCAUCCUGAAGCUGAGAGUGCAACUCACGGCUGUACAAAGCCCAUAUGGCGAAAGCAUGAUUCUUUCAAGGAGGCCAUUGUGUAUAUGUUGACAGGGAAUCCAGACGCGUAUGGGCAGAUCAUCGCUGCUCAUGCUGAUCAAUUCAAUGAACCGGUCUUCCACUCUGACAAUGACUCGGACGGUGGCAGUGAAUCUGCAGAACCAGAAGUAGUGUCUAUAUGGCCGCCUCUAGCACCACGAGGACUAUCUCCUUCCCCGCAGACCCCUUCUUGCAGAUCAGCCACCAGUCGCUCUCACAGUUCGGUCACACCUUCACACACGAUGCCUGCUCCCAGCACUUGCCAUUAUGCUCACAGAGACAACGAUGUGCUGUCUUCACAGCUUCACGACCACUCUAUCUCGACACCUACUACUCCUGCACCUCCGACUCAGCAGGGUGCUUCGCAUGGAACACAGAUUGUUCACGAGCUAUCAGGUGUCUUAACGUCACACCUCCCACAGGCUACACAGACUAAGCAACCGGUUCCAUCUCUCGGACGCUACACCGAUGCGUAUGUUCAAGCAUAUGACUUCUCGCUGGAAGCCAUCAUGCAAAUGUGGCACGCUAUCACGCAGAACCAUUCUGCACAUGGCUGCAUGAACCAGCUCAUCGCAGCGGGAUUGUCUUCCAAGGAGGUGCAGCUCAUCUGGCUUCUAGCACAAGCUGAAGCACCUACGAGUGAAUGGGCAACACAGUGGAUUCGUUAUUGUCGUGUGUUGUUACUAUUGAGUUCUGUAAUGCGCAAAGACCGUGUAUCUGUGCGUCUUCAACUUGCUCAAGGAGAAACUUGUCCCUCACUUUCAGAACGUCAGCAGAUGGCACCUGGCCAGCACAAUGCCACCAGCGUACAGCGAUUGACAUCGAAGACAUGCAAGGUCAUCAGCCGCACUCCUGCCGAGAAGAAGGCCCUUGCGAUGAGAAAGAAGGACCGUGCCCAGAAGUACAAGGAUGCACUCGCAAAUGCCCAAGCUAUUCUCUAUGAGGAGGCUACCAAGCUGCACAUGGAGUUCGGUUCUCACAGCAUCGAGUAUUAUCUGAAAGAGUUAAUACAGGUGUCGCAACUUCAUGAGGUAAAGCAUAUAAAUGAUGAAGCUCACCUUCUAGAAGGCUCGCGCUACAAGCUCUCGGACCUGAUUGACCAGAUCAAGGAGGGCUGGGAUGCCUUGUCGUCCGAGGAGCGCAUUGCAGUCACUGAUCCCUGGAUAAAGGAAUUUGAAGAGUGCCGUGAGAUGAGGCAGCUCGCAGUGCAGAACGUCGCUAUCAAUGCAUUUCAUGACACAAAAGCCACGUUGGACAUUGUGCAGUGA